ACACCGCUCUUUGAUUUCCAUUUGCUCUUCCGUCCCUUUUGUUCUGCUUUCACUUGAAGAUCCAAAAGCAUUUCCACAAACCCAAGACGCCUUUUUAUUCCACUCUACAAAAUAAACAAGAAAAACCCAAUCUUUACCUACCUUCUCUAAGCAUAAUAAUUUAAUGUUUCCCUGUUUUUAUAGUGUUAAUCGCCUUAUUUAGAUUCUCCAAGAGACUCUCAUUUUCCAGCUCAAUUUUUUUAGGCUCAUCCGCCAAAAUCUUUAGGCCUUAUUGUAUUUAUUGCUAUCGAGAAAAGAAUCAAAAUUUCUGUUUUUCAAUUUCUUUUUUCUAUGUUAUUAUCAAAAAGUUGUUAACCUUAGCCUCAAAACUUGAACUAACUAGCAUUGGCUUUAGCUUUUGAACUUAAACUUUUGAUUUCAAACCACUUUCUUUGGGAUUUCUAAUAAGGCUGUUUUGGUUGUUGAUCUUGAUAUUUUGGUGAAAGUGUUUCCUUUUUUGAACAGUUUUGUAGUCUGGGUAAUUCUAUUUUUGUGGGAAUUUGGUCUUUGGCAUUACUGAAUUUUUUUUUUCUGUGAUCUUUUUAUUUGGGUUUUAAGUGCAAAGUCAAAUUCGUUUCUCCUUUUACUUUCGUCGCUUCCUGUUAGAUGCUCUUGCCACUUGUUUUCUUUCCAAGGUUUUUAUGCUAAGAUGCAGCCUGAUCAGAGAAGAAAGGUAGCUUAGGAGUGCUGUUAUUGUUGUUGAUGUUGGAGGCACCACUUAUGGUGUCAGCUGUGGAUGUAGAUUUUUUCACCGAAUAUGGUGAGGGGAGCAGGUACAGAAUAGAGGAAGUAAUUGGUAAAGGAAGCUAUGGUGUUGUUUGUUCUGCAUAUGACACACAUACUGGAGAAAAGGUUGCAAUUAAGAAAAUCAAUGAUAUCUUUGAACAUGUAUCUGAUGCCACCCGGAUCCUCCGAGAGAUUAAACUUCUCAGGCUCCUACGUCAUCCAGACAUUGUUGAGAUCAAGCACAUCUUGUUGCCUCCUUCAAGAAGGGAAUUUAAAGAUAUAUAUGUAGUAUUUGAACUUAUGGAAUCUGAUUUACACCAGGUUAUCAAAGCAAAUGAUGAUUUGACCCCAGAACACUACCAGUUUUUUCUUUAUCAGCUUCUUCGAGGCCUCAAAUACAUUCACACAGCAAAUGUUUUUCACCGGGAUCUGAAGCCCAAAAAUAUCUUAGCCAAUGCUGACUGCAAACUGAAGAUCUGUGACUUUGGUCUUGCAAGAGUAGCUUUUAAUGAUACGCCCACUGCCAUAUUCUGGACGGACUACGUUGCAACAAGAUGGUAUAGGGCUCCUGAAUUGUGUGGAUCCUUUUUCUCAAAGUAUACCCCAGCAAUAGAUAUAUGGAGCAUUGGGUGCAUCUUUGCAGAACUUUUAACUGGGAAACCUCUUUUUCCUGGAAAAAAUGUUGUCCAUCAAUUGGAUCUGAUGACUGAUCUUUUGGGAACACCCUCUGCUGAAGCCAUUGCUAGGGUACGCAAUGAGAAAGCUCGGAGAUACUUGAGCAGCAUGCGAAAGAAAAAGCCCAUUCCAUUCUCUCAUAAGUUCCCUAAUGCAGAUCCUCUUGCACUUCGUUUGUUGGAAAGAAUGCUUGCGUUUGAACCCAAGGAUCGACCUACUGCUGAAGAGGCCCUUGCUGAUCCAUAUUUUAAGGGCUUGGCCAAAGUUGAAAGAGAGCCUUCUGCUCAACCAGUUACCAAGAUGGAAUUUGAGUUUGAGAGACGUAGGAUUACGAAGGAAGAUGUAAGGGAGCUCAUAUACCGUGAAAUUCUUGAGUACCAUCCUAAAAUGUUGAAAGAGUAUUUGGAAGGAUCAGAGCCAACUGGCUUCAUGUAUCCAAGUGCUGUUGACCAUUUCAAGAAGCAGUUUGCUUUCCUUGAGGAGCAUUAUGGAAAUGGUACAACUGCAGCUCCUCUUGAGAGACAGCAUGCAUCUUUGCCAAGGCCAUGUGUAUUAUAUUCUGAUAAUUCAGUACAAAAUUCAACAGAUGUAACGGAUAACUUAUCUAAAUGUUCUAUCAAGGAGACUGAGAAACCCCAUACAGAGAGGAGCUGUGGGAUCCCCAUGUCAAGGCUUCCUCUUCAAGUUCCUCAAAGCAUUCAAGCAGGAGCUGCCAGGCCUGGGAAAGUAGUUGGAUCAGUAUUGCGUUACAACAAUUGUGGGGCAGCAGCAGUGGCUGAGACUCUUGAACCGCGAAGAACGGUCCGAAAUCCAACUGUUCCAACUCAAUACACUGCCACAAACUGUUCAUAUCCCCGAAGAAAUCCAGUGUGUAAAAAUGAUAGGGGAGAAGAUGAAGUAGUUGAAGGCUCAAAUGGGUUGCAGCCAAAGCCCCAGUACAUGGCUAGGAAAGUUGCUGCUGCUCAAGGUGGAUCCGGAAGUCAGUGGUAUUGACCUAAUAUCAACUGCCAAAGGCUAACUUAAUGGCGGUGAGAGUUUAAUCUUGCAUUGGUCUUCCCACAACUAGGAGUCAUGGGUGAAGCUAUAUUAUCCGUGCUCCAGCAGGGCUGGUUAAAGAAGACCAGACAAUCUACAAGUUUAGCUAUGAGUUGUAAUUUAUACCACUAAUUUGAAAGAAUAGAUUAAAUGGUGCCUACUAUCCUUCACCUCAUGGUUUUGUGGUCCAGAUCAAUGACAAGCUAUAAGAUACGUGAAGUCAGAGAAUCGAGGAAAGGAUAGUGGAGUUAGUUCUGCUUAUGUUCUCAUUCUUUAUUAAGUUGAGGUAAUACCCUUUCCCCCCCAACUUGGGCCUCAACUCUAUGAUGAUUUCCUUCUUGUAUCCUUUCACUCACCUUUUUGUAUCUGAAAGAAGGGCUGUUAUUUAUAUCUUUAACUUGAACAUGCAUUUUGAUUAAGAAAAUAAGUUGAUUGAUCUCUAAA